AUGAAGCCCGUCGUUAGUGCUAUGCAGGCAUGGUCGUGCACCGUCCUCUCCGUCUUCGCAAUCCUCAUCCUCAGCGUCCUCGCUCUCCUCUACCGCUCCGGCCACGAGCAGCUCAUGGGUAGCAUCAACGACCCUGCCGAUGGCAAAGCUGUUUCUCGCACCGUCUUCACCGCCGUCUUCGUUUACAUCGGAUUCUUUGUGUUUUGCGGUCUACAGGGCAUGCUCCACGUCCGGGAGAAUAGAAGGGGCGCGAUUUCUUUGUGA